AUGGCGCAGAUCGCCGCCGCUGCCCGCGCAGCAAAAGCUACGCGCAGCGCCCCCACAUCCGCAUCCGCCACACCUGCAACCACCCAACGCGCCUCACGCGUCCGCAAUGCUACCGCGCCGCCGCCUCCAUCAUCGUCCUCCGUUCCGCCCAAGACUUUCAAGGACACAAACAAGAGACGCGGCACCGCGACGCGCACAGGAUCGACAUCAAUGGCUGCUCCUGCUCUCGAGACGCCGGAAUUUUACGAAGCGCGCGCCAUCAUCGACGAGGAAGGGUCGCAGUAUCUGAUCGACUGGGAGGGCGUCGAUCCGGCAACUGGCGCGGCGUACGAGCCGACAUGGGAGCCAAAGCGCUCUGCGAACGCGGCGCUGAAGCGUGAGUGGGAGGGGAAGAAAGCAAAGGGCAGGGCCGAGCAGGCUAAGGCUGGACAGGCUGAGGCGCGGAGCCAGGUCACGGCUGGCCAGAGCAAGGUACAACGGAACACUGCCCGCAAUGCGACAGCACAAAAGGCCACAGCAUCGAACCGCCCACUCCGCACGCGAGAGCAGCGCAUUGGCACGGAAGCUCAGCACCGGGAAGUACGAAAAAAGAACCAGACUGGUCCGCCUUCAACCCAAGACAGCAAACACAAGUCCGAUGCCGGCCAUGAAGCUCAGCAGAGCAGGCUACGUGAACCUUUGGGCCGCAACCUCAAGCGCAAGCGCGACACUGAUGCCGCUGCUGACAAGGCCAAGCCUUGGUCCACUGCUACUCGAUCGCAACCCCAGCAAAAUAACAAGAGGCAGCGCCGCCAACCCGCUGAGCCCCCGUUGGAGUCUCCUUCCGAACAAGUCUUCCCCGCAAGAGCCAUCACCGGCGAGCGGCCGCGGCAGUACCGCGUCGCGUGGGAGAAGGACCCUGUUACCGGAGAGGAAUAUGAAGAUACCUGGGAGCCGAAGAGCUACGUGUCGCGGGACCUGGUGGCCGAAUGGCGUCGGCAGCAGAAAGGCAUGUCGCAGAAGGCGUCGACGAAGCAGCGAAAGCAGCCGGCGAAGAAGGCACAUGAGAGCCAGGACGAACAGCAACAGGAAGAACCGGACGACAAUGUUUAUUCCGUAAGGGCAAUCGUCGGUGAACGCAAGCGCCAAUAUCUCGUGGCGUGGGAGGACGAUCCGACGACUGGAGAGAAGUUCGAGGAUACCUGGGAGCCGAAAGGAAACGUCUCGAAGGACGUGGUGGCUGAGUGGCGGCAGCAGAAGGAUACGAAGCGGCCUGGGGAGACGUCAAAGCAGCCUGAGGAGACGUCAAAGCAGCCGGUAGAGACGUCAAAGCAGCCGGUAGAGACGUCGAAGCAGCCGGUAGAGACGCCGAAGUGGUCAGAGGAGACGCCGAAGUGGCCAGAGGAGACGCCGAAGCGACUGAAAGAGCCGGCGCAGAAGCCACCCGAGGUGUCUCCAGCCACAGCAGGAUUAUCGGAGAUGGUAAUGGAGGUGCUGCGCGAGGAAGAGCAGAGGCAACACUCCCCCUCUCUCCCAAUCGGACCAGUGACUCCACGUAGAGACGAAGACGAGGACGAAGAAGAUGAAGAAGAGGGUUCAUAUACGCCAUCUUCCACCAUGGUACACACUGCUGCUCCCGUCGCCGGCGAUGUUACCAUGGAACCCCACACAACAACAGAUUAG